AUGGCGUCGGCUUCAACUUCAUCGGUUGAAAAGAGUUACGUAUAUGACGUUUUUAUAAGUUUUAGGGGUAAAGAUUUACGUAAGGCUUUUUUUGAUCAUCUUUGCGAAGGUUUUCGGAGACAAGGCAUUAUCGUUUUCAGAGAUAAUAAGCACAUUGAGGUUGGAGAAAAGAUUAGUGACGAGCUCCCCAAAGCCAUCAAAGAUUCCAAGUUUCACAUGGUUAUUUUCUCCAAGAGAUAUGCAGAUUCUUAUUGGUGCUUAAACGAGCUCGCGGAUAUCUUAGAGUCACAGAAGCCGGGGCACUCAACUUUUUACCCGAUCUUCUAUGAUGUGACACCCAGCGACGUCCGCGAACAAAAGGGGCGAGUUAAAAAGGCAUUCGCAAAACACUCAGAGAACGAGGCUGCUGGGAGAUGGAGGGCUGCUAUGGCACAAGCAGCGUCUAUGGAAGGGUUGGAGUUGUCCAAGAUUGGUGAUGGGUAUUCUCUUCUGUCUCGUACCAUCCUAUCUGCCGUCAUGUCCUUCGAUAGGUCAAGCUCUAUUAGGUCCUUCGCUAGACGAUCCUCCCACCUCAUCUUAGGCCUUCCCCUCCUUCGAAUGCCGUCAACUUCAAUAGAUUCUGCUCUCCUUAGUGGUGUUGUCUGCUCUUCCCUUAGUUUGUUUAGGAUGGACCCUACUUUUAGUUUGGCUCUAAAAGCUCUGUGGGGAUCCUGUCAGCUAGGGUCUUCCCGCAAGUCCACCUUAGCAUCCUCAUCACAACCACCUCCACUCGGGACGCUUGGGCUUUCUUCAUCGGCCAACAUUCCGACCCGUAUAACAUAG